AUGAUAAAAUCACCACAUAAUUAUGAUGGGAUAAAAUCACUAAAUAAUUAUUUAUAUAUUCGUGGCAUUUUUGCAUUAGAUAUCGGAAUUUAUCAUUCGAAAGUUGCGUAUACGAAUGUGCUAAAUCCAGAUAUAAUCAUAAAUGAUUGUGGGUCAGAAUCAAUUGGGAUGUUAAGAACAAAUACUGCAUUACUUUAUGAUGAAAAUUUCAAUGUCGAAUCAUGGGGAAAUGCAGCCUUAGCUGAACCACGUAAAAAACAAGUUCUCGUUAAAGAUUUUAUGUUGCAUUUAAGUAACAUACCUAAAAAUGAAAAACCUAUUUUACCUAAAGGUUUAUCUUAUAAAAGAGCAAUUGCUGAUUAUUUGAGAGAAAUUGGUAAAUUAAUUAUAUUAAAUCAUCACUUUUGUUUGCAAUCAAUAACGCUAAGUAAAGAAACAAUGAAUGCUCGAUGGCCUAAUAUAAACUUCAUGGAACAAGUUCUAAUUAUAUUAGUAGUUCCGGAAGAAAUAUCAGGUGCAAUGGACAUAUUGAACGAGUGCUCUUAUAUGGCAAACUUAACUUCUACGAUGAAUUCUGAAAGGCUAAUCAUUGUUACAAGAUCCGAAGUAACAGCUAUGUGUAUAAAUGAACGAGGUUUUUAUAUCGAGGGAUCAAAUGUUUUAAUUGUGGAUUGUGGAAGUUUGACAGUGAGUUUAAUCAUUCGACAGUUAUUGUCUUGUGAAAGAUUGGGAGAAAUAAAAAUGCGAACUAGUGAAUUUUGCGGUGGGGAUUAUGUUGAUAGGGAAUUUCUCAGGUUUAUGGGACGAAAAUUAGGAUAUAGUGCUCUGAAAAAAUUAAAAACAAACAACUAUAAUCAACUUCAAUAUAUGAUCCAAGAAUUUAAUAGGAAUGUAAAAAUUUUAUUUACCGGAGAAAUAGAAAAUUACAGCACUUUUAAAAUGGAUUUAAAUAAAGUUUGUCCAGCUUUACAAGGUUAUAUUGAUAGUUCAAGAGUUGAAUUGAAAGACAACGACUGGAUUAUAGAAUUUGGAUUUAAUGAUGUGAAAGUAAUGUUUGACCCAGUAAUUGAUCAAAUUAUUAAAUUAAUACACAACCAAAUUAAUCAGUCUGGUGAUAUCUCUGCCGUGUUUUUGGUUGGAGGCUUUAGUGAAUCUAAAUAUUUACAAAAAAGGAUUAAUGAAGAAUUCUUGGAAAAGACCAAUAUUUCAGUGCCACUCCGACCAUUAGCUGCUUGCACUAGAGGAGUUCAAUAUGGCCUAUAUAUGUUAAACAGAAUACGGAAUAGAUGUACCUAA